UUUUACACACUUAAUCAUCAGAGAGAUAGAAUUUUAAAGACCCGACAAAAGUCACCAGAAGAUCUGAAAAGAAGAUGAAGACAUUCAGUGUUGCAGUUGCAGUGGCCAUCGUUGUCAUCUUCAUAUGCAUUCAUGAGAACUCUGCUGUCCCUGCUGGGGUGCAAAAGCCGGAGGAGCUGAUGAGCAAUGACAAUCCAGCUGCUGAACAUCAAGAGUUGCCAGGGAGACCGGAGAAGAUGCCAUCUAACAUCAGGAAGAAGAGGGGAUGCAGUUGCGAAUGCUGGCCUGAUCCUGAUCCUAAGCUCUUCGUUGUAUGAGUCGUAUAGUCGUACAGUCUGUGAAGCCCUUUGAGGCAAAUCUGUGAUUUGUGAUUUUGGGCUAUAUAAAUAAAAUUGAUUUGAUUUGAUUCCAGAUGCAUGAAUGAAAAUGGGUACCAUUUUGCUGUGGUGUUGCACAGAUCUCGGUGUAUAAAUGUAUUUUUCUGGAGGGGCUUUGGACCAUUUCUUUCUAUUCUCAAUAAAAAAUGGCAAAAUUUAAGACCAAA